CACAAUGUCCAGCUGUAUUGCCAAAGACCACCAAACAUGAAUACGAGUCAAGCUUUACCUUCCCUAGUCAGGCUUACUGAUACAGACCUGAAGCUCAACUUCGAGGCAAGCUUCAGCGAAGAUGUGAAAGAGUUUCACGUAAACGUCCACGAAGAAUUCUUGGCUGCUUCAAAGCUGAAGGCUUCGCUGACACGUUUCGUCGAUGAUAUUGACCAGCCUGACUUUGCAGACGGUCCACCUCGACGCGUGGUCGAAGAAGUUGCGAAAUACUGGUCUAACGAGUACGAUUGGCGCAAGGUGGAGGCUCAGAUCAACGAGACCUUCGAGCAAUAUACCACUAUAGUGCAAACACUCACCCCUGACUUUCCACAUCCUUUGCCGUUGCACUUUGUUCACCACCGUUCUCCACGCGCAGAUGCAAUCCCGCUGUUAUUCAUCCACGGCUGGCCCGGCUCAUUCCUCGAGGUCGAGAACCUCUUGGGGCCUCUCACCAAUCCAACCAACAACAAUCUGCCCGCUUUCCACCUUGUCGCGCCAUCGAUUCCAGGCUACGGGUUUUCACCCUCUCCUCGCCACCCAGGGAUGGGCUAUCGGGCAGCAGCGCACGCCUUCCACGCUCUCAUGCAGAAGCUCGGCUAUUCCCGAUACGUGUAUCAAGGCGGCGACGCAGGCGAUUUUAUCGGCCACUUUGCGGCCCUUGACUUUCCAGACGCCGUCGUCUCAGGACACUCGAAUUUCUGGAUAUCUCCGCCAUCUCCAUCUGACUUGGCGCGGUACGACGCCGGCGAGGCGACCGAAGAUGAGAAAUACAUCAUUGAGAAGCUCGGAAAAUUCAGCAACGAGUUCUGGUCAUACGGUAUAAUCCACCAGACUCGCCCCUUGAAGCUAUCUAUUGGGCUUACGGAUAGCCCUGUUGGCUUAGCCAUGUGGAUAUACGAUGUCUCAAGUUUCGAAGACCCCGAAAUUUUCACAACUGAGCGAUUGAUAACUUGGACGAUGAUGCACUGGAUUAACGGACCGUAUGCAGCACUUAGUAUUUAUAAGCACGGACAGAAGGAUGGCGUCAUUUCUGUCCGGGGCAUCAACACGAUGCCAUACAUAUCUCAGCCGAUUGCUCUUUCUCAAUUCCCGCGAGAUAUAUGGUACCGCACGCCCCUAGAAUGGGCUAAGAGGACCGGAAACGUGGUUUAUUUUGCGAAACAUGAGCGGGGCGGACAUUUUGCAGCCACAGACGCACCCGAUCUCUUGAUUCAAGACAUUAGAAAGUUCUUUGGCAAUGCGCAGCUUUCGGGCACUCAUAUUUUCUACAAAGGGCUGUCGGGAUAGCAAUUCGCGCAAAUUAGCUUCGCUAGUCUACCAUCAGAGACCAAGUGAGGCAUCGUAGGAUCUAUUGAAUUUAACGGUAAAUGACGAUGCUUAUCUUUUUAAUGUACUUUGAAACUAUCCAUUGUUAUUGAGAGGAGUUCAGUAAAAUAUAAUCAUACUUAAAAAUUAAAAAUUAUAACCGUC